AUGCAAUUCCCAAUUCGUAAACGCGGCAACGUUACAACCAAGCUGUUUGACGAGGCGAUUGAAAGUUGAAAAAGAGAAUCAUGGCGGACUCGCUUGAAACUGAAUCAGCAGAGGCUUUACUUUCAUUCAAAAAUGGGGGGUUCAAAGUUAAAAGAGAACUUGAUUUUGGAGAUGAUUCGGAGCAAGCAAAUCAAGCAAUGACAUUGGGUCCAGAAAUGUUUGGACUAAAGCGAAUUAGUGAAGUUAACUCAUCAUCAGCUUCAAAAGUAACUGGAAGUACUACCUCAAAUCCAAUAACUUUAAACAGAAGAGGCAUCCCAGCAAGAAUUAGAAAAAAAAAUCCACUAUUUUUUGAUGAUGAUACAAUUGUCAAUCAAUCCACUAAUAAAUCUCCAAGAAAAUCUACAAAAUCUAACAGUGGUAUAAGUGCAUCAUCCCAUGCAAUCCAAUCAGCAUCCCAGACUAGUACAACAAAGAUAAUAAAGCGGGGCCAUACCAGAUCCGCACCUGGCAGCGCAACUGGCACCCCAGAACGUCGUAGUGGAUCAAAUGCGUCAACACCCGUCAAAAGCACUAGCAGAAUGAAGGCAAAACUUAAGAAAAUGAAGGUGAAACCAUCAUUUAAAUUACCAGAAAAACAAAAAAGUGAGCCCUUAUCUGUUGGACGUCGGCCUCGAAAUAUCGUCAACGUGGCCGCCUUACCUUCGGUUGCGGCAAUAGCAGUUGAGCAAGAAGCUGAAGACUUAAAGAAACUUGGAGUGCGCUUACGCAAUUUGCUGAAAUUACCCAAAGCGCACAAAUGGGUGUGUUAUGAAUGGUUCUACAGCAAUCUAGACCAAGCAUUAUUUGAAGGUGACAACGACUUUAUGCUAUGCUUGCGAGAAUCGUUUCCUAGCUUGAAAUUGAGACAACUCACCAGGGCCCAGUGGUGUACCAUACGACGACUGAUGGGAAGACCAAGGCGUUGCUCACAGGCGUUUUUCAAUGAAGAAAGGGGUGAAUUGGCCAAAAAAAGACAAAAAAUCCGUCUAGUCCAACAGCGCAAAGUAAGCGAUAUGGCGUCUCUAUGUCGGGAUCUACCGGAUCUGAUCCCGAUGCCAUUGGUAAUUGGCACGAAAGUGACGGCCAGACUUCGUCAACCGCAGGAUGGUUUGUUUGUUGGCCAAAUCGAUGCAGUGGAUACUUCCAAUAACACAUACCGAAUCACGUUCGACAGACAAGGUUUAGGAACCCAUUCUGUUCCAGACUACGAAGUCUUAUCAAAUGAAAUGGUAGACAUGAUAUCUAUAUCGAGCUUGGCUCAACGCUUUCGUCCUCGCCCUGCCGUAUUACCGCCGGCCCCUGCAAUAAUACCAUUAAUGGCUUCACAGCAACAGCAAACACAGACAACCACAGGUCACCAGCAGCCACCGAUGAAGCACUCUUCACUGGAAGCUUCAGUGAAUACUUUUACACUGACUCCGCAUGCCAGCAGCGGACGUAUUGGACAAAACGCCAAUUCCGAUACUUCAAAUUUAGUCAGCGAUCCUGUCUUGGGGUCGUCGAAUUCGAGAUUGGCAUCUCAAGAAAGCGCAUUUGGCUCUUUGCCUAUACACGUUUUGACACCUAUAGUACGAUUGUCGAAGAUUUUAAAUUUGAAGAAAGAAAAAAUUCGAAGACUAAGAGACAUGAACACGGAAGUUGAAAGAAGAGAAUCAGUUGGCGAAACUGUGGCUCCCGAUUUUCAACGCCGCUAUGCUCGUACCAUUCUUGACCUGGAGGAAUUAAACACGGAGCUCAACAGCCUCUUAGUUAAGGUCAGACAGCAAUGCCAUGAGAUCGCCCCAGAUUCUGAACACGGUCUAUCUCCAUUAGCCGGACCAGAUAGUAUCCGCCAGCUUUGCUACCAGGAAGCUAGAGAUUUGGUUGAAACUCAGUUGGAUAGUCGAAGUGGGUCACAUCCAAACGUUACCUCAACACCGAUUAUUGCACUUGUCACUGGCCUGACGUCGCUGAUGCUCCAAAUCAAGUGCCUUGCGGAAAGUGAACGCAACGCUUACGAGCUGCAGGCUUUACACGACUCGUUGGACGAGCUACGAAAGUCCUUAGACAAGUCAAAUCUAACUUCCUUACGGAAUCAUGUUUUAGUACACGUGCAGCACAUCCAAUCUGGACUGUGUAAUUUUGACAACCAUAUGACACCGUUCAAUGGUACAGACACUAAUGCACCUACGGUCAUCUCUACUAGGAAUUUACCUUUACCCAAUGAUAACGAUAACCAUUAAUUAUUGUUGAUAAAAUUUCAGAAAUAAAUUAACUCAUGGCGUAGACAUAA